UACAAAAUAGGGGGUGGUUCCUCGACUUUUUCUUUCCCUUUGCCGCCGUCGCCGCGCCGCCCGUCCUUUCUGCAUCUUCUCACGGUCUGUGGAAGAAGGUUUCUGUAGAUCAUGGAUGCGAAUGAACUCAAGCAAGUGGAGAUGCUGUGCACGGCGUUGUACCAGUCAAGCAACGAAAUGGAGCGGUCCAUGGCGCAGCAAACCAUCUUGGCGCUGCAAAGCUCGGCGGAACACAUUCCGCGAUGCCAGUACAUUUUGGACAACUCGACGUGCAUGUAUGCGCUGUUGGUUGCGAGCACAAGCUUGACCAAGCUCAUCUCGACGCACUGGAAUAAUUUUACACCGUCCCAACGCAUCGACAUCCGCAACUACGUUUUGGCGUACUUGGCGCAGAAGGGCCCAAAUCUGGAAAAGUACGUCACGACAUCGCUCAUUCAGCUCGUGUGCCGUUUGACCAAGUUUGGCUGGUUCGACGACGAGCAAUUCCGCGAACUCAACCAUGAAGUGUCCAAGUUUUUGCAAGCCACGGUCGACCACUGCAUCAUCGGGCUGCAAAUCCUCAACGAACUCGUGACCGAGAUGAACCAACCGGUGAGCGGUCGCAACCUGACGUUCCACCGGAAGAUUGCCGUCGCGUUCCGAGAGGCGUCGCUCUACCACAUCUUUCAAGUGGCGCUGACAACAGUCAAGACACUGCAGAUGAAGAACAUCCCUGGCGCGUCCCCUGACCAGGAAAACCGCAUGGCCGACCUCGCUUUAAACCUUGCCAUCAAAUGCUUGUCCUUCGACUUCAUUGGCACCAACCCCGACGAGUCGUCCGAAGACGCUGGCGCGCUGCAAGUCCCGUCGUCGUGGCGUUUGCUGGUCCAAGAACCCGAAACGAUGCAGCUCUUGUUCGACUUUUACCACAGUAGCACCGUUCCCAACUCGGCGCGGUGUCUGGAGGCAUUAAUGUUGUUGGCGUCUGUGCGGCGCUCGCUGUUUGCGCCGGAGAAGGAACGGGCCAACUUUCUGUCCCAUCUCUUGACUGGCAUCUGCCGGAUCAUCUCGACGCAGCAAGGGCUGUCUGAACAAGACAACUACCAUGAGUUUUGCCGCCUUCUAGGCCGGCUCAAGUCAAACUACCAGCUGUCGGAAUUGAUGAAAGCUGAGUCGUUCCAGGAAUGGAUGGACCUGACCCCGACGUUCACGGUCAAGUCGUUCCAGCAGUGGCAGUGGAGCGCCAACUCGAUCCACUACCUGCUUGGGCUCUGGUCGCGCCUCGUUGCUGCUCUGCCCUAUGUACGUGCUGAGCGCAACGGCCCCGCCUCGGUGAGUUUCUUGGACCAGGCGAUUCCGCGCAUCGUACAAUCGUACGUGCAGUCGCGGUUGGAUUCUGCGCAGCAAGUCGCCCAGGACGAUGGCUUGGAAGAUCCGUUGGAAGACGAAGGGAGUUUGUCGGAGCAGUUUGACAAGCUGCCGACCAUUUGCCACUACAACUACCGCCAAAUUGGUGAGUACAUCCUCCAAGUGUUUGAUUCGCUCCAUUCGCAAUACCGGGACGUGAUCAGCAACGGCGCGUCGACGUCGAUGGGAGAUGACGACGAAGCGAUGACACGUGGCUUGAAUGGGCUCGAAAUGCAGCUGGCGUGGCUCAUCUACAUUGUCGGGUCGAUCAUUGGAGGCCACUCGUACACGUCAACGCAACUCAACGACGGCGACGAACUGGUCGAUGCUGACCUGUGCCAGCGCGUGUUUCGCACGAUGAAAGUAGUUGAGCACCGCUUGAUCAACUCUGGCGGGAGCCAAAAGUGCCACAUCCAUUUGGAACUCGCCCUCCUCCAUUACUUUAGCUACUUUCGGCGAUCGUAUAUUGGCGAGCAGCAUGGCAUGCCGUCGAUGCCACAACUGAGCGUGGCGUCACCGACCGCAGGGUCCGCGGGCGUGUUGGGGGUAUCGUCGCCGUCGGAUACAGCCAUGUCUGCCAAGACCAAGUCGUACCAGCGCAUGUUUGAGCGCAUGGGGUUUGGCGAUCACACUAUCGUCGUCAACAUGAUCGUGACGCACGUCGGCCAGAACCUCAAGUUUUGGGGCGACGAAGAGCGCGUGAUCUCGCAAACCCUCACGCUCUUUCUCGACAUUGCGUCCGGGUAUUCGUCGGGCAAGCUCUUGCUCGGCCUCGACACGGUCCAGUACUUGAUCCGCCACCCGACAGCCGAGGAGUUUCCGUUUCUCGCAGUCCCGUCCAAUACGCGGCACCGCACGAGCUUUCACAGCACGAUUUCGCGGCUGCUCUUCACCACAUCGUUUGACGAGUCGACGGACCGAUUCGACGAGUACAUUUCGCCGCUCGAACAGGUCCUCGCCAAGUUGAUGCAAAUUCAAGACUACCGCCACCCCGACGUCCGCGAAGCCAUCAUUGGAGUGUGCCGCGACCUCCGCGGUGUAUUUAUUUCGACCCACAACAAGCGCACGUACAACGUCAUGUUUGACUUGGUGUACCCGACGUACAUGCCCGUGUUUACCAAGGCGGCCGAAGUCUGGUACAACACGCCGACCGUCAUGAACGCGCUGCUCAAGUUUCUCCAAGAACUGGCGUACAACAAGUCGCAGCGAGUGAUGUUUGACCAGAGCUCGCCGAACGGGAUCUUGCUCUUUCGCGAGCUCAGCCACGUGAUUGUCGCGUACGGCACGCGCAUCCUCAACCACCCGAUCCAUCGCGAUGCGUACGCGGAGAGGUACAAGGGCAUCGCGCUGUGUUUGGGCAUCCUGUUCCGCGCGUUGGGCGGCAACUAUGUCAACUUUGGAGUGUUUAAAUUGUACAACGACGGCGCGUGGGACCAAGCGCUCGAAGUGUGUCUCCAGUUGGCGCUGUCGAUCCCGCUGGACGAACUCAUGACGUACCCCAAGGUGAAGAACACAUACUUUUUCUUUUUGGAGAUGCUGUUUCGCAACCAAAUUGUGUCGGUCGUGUCGCUCGACUCGACGAUCUUUUCCCAGCUCGUCCAGAGCCUCCACGAAGGUGUCAACUCGUACGAUUUGACGAUUGCGGCGCAAUGCGCGACCGCCGUCGACCACCUCGCGACACUCUAUUACCACGAAACCAAGAAGAAAAAGGACUCGACCGUGAAACACUCGCUGUCGGUGCAUUUGCAAGCGUACCCGUCGUUGUGGUCGACGCUCCUGUCGUCGCUGUUCAACAUUUUGAUUUAUGGCGACGCGACGUCGCAAUGGGCAUUGUCGCGACCGAUUCUGUCGUUGUCGCUGUGCAGCCCGGACGCGCUCGCGACGUACCAACACAGCAUUGCCGCGUCGCAAGGGAACGAUCAACACAAAGCCCAAGUCGACGACGCGUUUGCCAAGCUGUACCAAGAUAUCGUCCCGUCGUUGGAAGCGUCCAACCGCGACCGGUUCACGCAAAAGUUGGGCCAGUUUCGGAAUUCGUUGCGAAGCUUUUUAACCAUCUCGUAGACACGAAAAAGAUUGAUGCAACCGUCUUGGUUCCCGCGGGACACGAUCGCAAGCCAUCGGGCGCGCCAUGUACCUGACGUUCGCCUACCUCGCACAAACACCGCCGCACCAUCUCUCGACGUCUUGCUCCAUCUACA